CCUGAAUAAUAGUUGUCGGGGAGUGGCAAUAGAACUUUUCUAGCCUUUAACUUUCCCUUUAUUCCCAAAAGGCCCAAUCGUUUUUUGACUUGUGAUUUGUUUGAUCAAUCAGAAACCAAAAUUCUCAUCUUUCUCUCUUUCGAUCUGAUCAGCAGAUCCACCAUCACUUCCAAGGUAAUUACUUGGGGAAGAGGACGAGAAAAUGAGUCAGGUUUUUGAUGGAUACGAAAGGCAAUACUGUGAGCUUUCGGCUAAUUUAUCCAAAAAAUGCACUACUGCCACUAUCCUCGAUGGAGAGCAGAAAAAACAGAAAAUAUCUGAAGUAAAAGCAGGAUUGGAUGAUGCUGAUACUUUGAUUCGUAAAAUGGACCUUGAGGCUCGAAGUUUGCCGCCAAGUGUCAAGGCUUCACUUCUUGCUAAGUUAAGAGAGUAUAAAACGGAUCUGAAUAAUUUGAAGACUGAAGUAAAAAGAAUCUCAUCAGCUAAUUCUAAUCAAGCUGCAAGAGAUGAACUACUAGAAUCAGGCAUGGCUGACGCAAUGAUGGUAGCUGCUGAUCAAAGAGGGAGGUUGAUGAUGUCAACUGAGAGAUUAAACAAGUCCAGUGACAGGAUUAGGGAAAGUCGGAAAGUGAUGUUAGAAACUGAAGAUCUUGGAGUUUCGAUCCUUCAGGAUUUACAUCAACAACGUCAGUCUCUCCUGCAUGCCCAUAAUACGCUGCAUGGAGUGGAUGACAACAUCAGUAGGAGCAAGAAGAUACUGACUAACAUGUCAAGAAGGAUGAGCAGAAACAAAUGGAUCAUCGGCUCCAUUAUUGCAGCUCUAGUCAUUGCAAUAAUUUUGAUUCUUUACUUUAAGCUCGCUCAUUAGCUUGCCAGCUCUUCUUUGGGAAACCCGUUCACUUCUCACACUUUGGUUUGGAAAGUCAUGUGUGGAAAAUCUUAAAUAGAAUCUGCCAUGCUGGUUUUUGGUAGUUGUGUGUUGGGUCGAUUGACCUUGUUGGUCCUGUUUUCUGCAUAUCUUUGAUUGUUAUGUAAUUGUAAAAUGUAAUACUGUCAUAACACAUAUUUAUCAGUGUCAUUAAUCAGAUUUAUUUUGAUCAUCGAUUACGAGAUCUUUCUUUUGCUCUA